AUGACAGCCAAUGAAAGAGCUCAUUUUUGGCCAAGAGGAAUUUCAUGAAGCAGAUCUGAAGGAAAUUUGAUUGAUAUGGAAGCCCACAAACUCUCAAAAAGUUCCAAUAUUACAGAACAUCAAGACCCAAGUUUGCUUCUCAAUUGGCCAGAUGCUUUAACCCUUCAAGACAAUAAUGUUUCCAAAGCUACAAAUCCAUUCUGGAAUGAACUGUCAGCUUCUAAUCCGUUUUUGGAUGACAUAGCUCAACUAAGAAAUAACAAGAAGAGUGAUAAUAUUUCCAUAUUGAAAGAAGACCCCUUUCUUCUUUUUAGAGAAAUGGAAACUGGAAAUUCUCUGGAUUCCUCUGGUAAUGAACUUCAUGUCCAUCAAUUGCCUAGGCAAUUGUCUUCAAAGGAAUCUGGAAGAUCUAAAAGUGUUUCAGAGAUUUUGGACAUUUUAGAUGACACAGCACAUGCCCAUCUGAGUACAUAUAACUCUGACCAGAUUCUGACGCAAGACUUAGAAUGGCUUCAAAAUGAUCGAGAGGCUUUUAAAAUGGCUUGGUUGAGUCAACGCCAGCUGGCCCGCUCCUGUCUGGAUUUGAAUAUAAUCAAUCAGAGCCCUGGAUGGGCCCAAACACAAGUUGCAGAGACUAUCAUUGUGUGUAAAUUAAGUCACCAGGGAGGAUCAGUACAAUUACCUGAUUCAGAUAUCACAGUUCAUGUGCCCCAAGGUCAUGUAGCUGUGGGUGAAUUUCAAGAGGUAUCUCUAAGAGCUUUUCUUGAUCCUCCACAAACUCUUAACCAUGAUCUUUCAUGCACUGUAAGCCCACUCUUGGAGAUCAUGCUAGACAACCUUAACACAAUGGAAGCCAUUUUGCUGGAGAUGAAAAUCGGGGCCAAAGUGAGAAAGGAUCCUUUCAGCCAAGUCAUGACAGAAAUGGUGUGUUUACACAGCCUGGAAAGAGGAGGACCUUUUGAAGUGUUAAACAACUGCUACAUUUAUAAAGAUACUAUCCAAGUUAAACUAAUUGACUUGAGUCAGGUGAUGUAUUUUGUGGUUGCUGCACAAGCAAAAUGUGUUCAGUCACCAUCUGCCACCAUUUGGGAUUAUAUCUACAAAACCAUCUCAAUCGGAAUUUAUGGACCCAAAUAUAUCCAUCCCAGUUUCACUACUAUUUUCACAGUUUGUGGACACAGUUACAUGCCAGAAAAGAUCAUAAUUCCUGAUAUUAAAAAGGGUGGAAAAAACAUGUCUCCGGUUGUAUUUCAGCUCUGGGGGAAGCAUUCAUUUUCACUUGACAAGCCACAAGAUUUAAGGAUUUAUGUUUUUUCAUGUGAUCCUAAUUUUAAUGUAAAGGUAGAAGAAGAAAGGAAAGAAAUUAAACAGAAAGAGUUGCAGGCAGGCAAAGUAGUUCAUCAACAAUUUUUGUUUUCUUUAGUUGACCCUGGAGAGAUGCACUUGUUUGCUUUUAUUGUUCAGGUGGAGCCUCCCAAUGGUAGACCAAUUACACAGUUCUCUAUCACUACACCUGAUCUAGCCCCAAACCUAAAAAAGCUCUCCAAUGUACCAGGCCAUUUUCAGGAGGAGAAAGAACUCAAGUUGGGUCCUUUAUUGCCAAUAGUGCUUGCUAAAUACCCCACAUUUCAAGAUAAAAAAUUGAGCUUUACCAAUUAUGGGGUAACUCUGAAGACAGUGUUAAGACAAAACAAGAUUGACUACUUACUUGAAUAUUUCAAAGGUGACACCAUAGCUCUUCUUGGAGAAGGUAAAGUUAAAGCCAUUGGACAGUCCAAAGUGAAAGAAUGGUAUGUGGGAGUCCUCAGAGGGAAGGUUGGACUUGUGCAUUGCAAAAAUGUCAAAAUGAUUUCAAAGGAGCAAGUGAUGUCUACAUCGGAUACUGUACUUACAACUAAGAAUCUUCUUGAACAAAUAGCUCUUCCCUUUAAAAAACUGACUUAUAUCUACUCAGUUGUAUUGACCUUAGUGUCAGAAAAAGUUUAUGACUGGAAAGUUUUAGCUGAUGUCCUGGGUUACUCACAUCUGACUUUGGAAGAUUUUGAUCGAGUACAAGCAGAAAAAGAAUCAGAAAAAGUUUCUUGUGUUGUAAAGAAAUUAAAGGAAGAUUGUCAUUCAGCUAGAAAGACAAGGAAGUUUCUUUACGAACUUGUUGUGGCUCUGCUAAAGAUGGAUUGCCAAGGGCUGGUGGUACAUCUUACGCAGGAGGCUGCUAUUCUGACUUCUGCUGUCAAACUUGGGAAAGGCUGGAGGGUACUAGCUGAAAAGUUAGGAAGACUCACAAAGCAACAAAUGGAGGCAUAUGAAAUUCCUCACCAAAGAAAAGCUAGAGAUGUUGCUGUUGAGAUGAUGUGGAAACCUGCCUAUGAUUUUCUGUAUACUUGGGGUGCUCACUACGGAAACAGCUAUAGAGACGUGUUACAAGACCUUCAAUCAGCUUUGGACAGAAUGAAAAAUCCUGUGACCAAGCAGUGGCGAGAUUUAACUGGAGCUUUGAUACUAGUUAAUUCCUUAGAGGCUUUGAGAGCAACUGCAUUCUCUACUUCUGAGGAAGUAUAG